AUGCGCAAAUACAUCCUUCUUGGGUUCUUGGGAGCCGCCGUAUCUGCCUCCAUCGUCGUCGCGGCCAUUGUCGGUGCAAAACAUGCCCACCAACGCUCGGCAUCGUCUAACUCGGACAACCCCUCAGUCGCGGCGCGGAAGCUGCAGUCGGAUGUCGAUAGUUACGCGACCUUCCCUCAGAGGCUGAGCACGAACCAUUGGAACCGGGUCCAGUACAGCGCAGUGGUCAUUUUUGGCGCUUCCGAUUGCGACGACGCUCAUCCCCGUUCCCCCAUCUUUGCCGAUACCGUCAGAGGCGCUCCAUAUUGGCAUGGAAGGUUCACCAAUGGCCCGGUCUUUGGAGAAUACAUGGCCGCUUCAACUCUGACUGGAAACAAUAUCAGUCUGCUAAACUAUGCUUAUGGCGAUGCGACGGUGAACAACGGACUAACGAAGGUGAAUGCGCCGGACACACGAGCGCAGAUGGAGAUGUACAUUGGGGAUGUUCGGGAGAAGAAAGCACAGCGGGGAGACGAGCGGAGCGGACGGGUGUUACAUUGUGUAUGGAUCGGGAUCAACGACAUCAUCCAGAUCUGGACGGACGUGAUCAAGAACGGGACCUUCCAGAACGGCAACAUCCAUGGCCCCCAGACCGGCUUCGAAUAUGCCGUCGGCAGAGUCCAUCUCGAGGCCCGCGAACUGCUCGACCAGGUCAAGCUCCUCCACAGCCAUCCUCAAGUUAACGCCCUCCAUUCCGACUUCCUUCUCAUGCUCAUCCCGCCCCUCGAAAUCCUCCCUAACCUCCACUAUCAAUCUAAAACUCUCGCCAAAAAUAACCCCCAGCUCGUCAACACUUAUCUGGAAUACAUCGGCAAUCUCACCCGGCUUUACAAUCAUGAACUGAGCGAAGGAAUCAAAGCUCUUUCGCAAGAUGCCAAUCGAGCUGGACCCGACAAAUCGGCCAUCUCGGGCAACAAUCUGGCAUACUUCGACAUCCCCAAAUACUGGUACUUCGUCCGAAGCCAUCCCGAAGUAUAUAACUUUGUGAAUGUGAUGGAUGCAUGUUGGAAUUCGACGACGGGGGCGAACUGCAAAGCUCCUGAACGAUGGAAGUACUAUGACACGCUUCAUCCUUCGACUAAGAUGCACGAAUACAUCGCCCAAGAAAUCACCGUCCAAGUCAACCUCUGA